AUGAUUCUAACGGUAACGCUUCGCGCCGCGUACGUCGCGUGCUCUCAACCUCCAUUACCACUCCUUGCGAGUCGCGCUAGCCUCGACAAGGCCAGCAUUAGGAAGGGAACGGACCCCGUGAAUUGCAACGACCCUCUCUUGAGGACUGGCGCGUUGAAUGCGGAACCCUCAAAGGCUCGGACCGACCCCUUCGAUCGUACCGACAGGUUAGGGACGAAUACGGUUCUCAACACUAGUGGCAAUGAUGACGUAAGAAAUGACGUCAGCGGUGACGCUAGGGAUGAUGACGGUGGAAUCCCGCUGGAUCCGCUGCGCAAUCUGCGGCCAUCGCUCAUUGGCUCCACGUGGCAGCGCGAGUCGUGGCGGCGGAAAAAACGGCCCGUGAAGACGCCGCGUCGCCCAGAGAAGGCACGGCCGUCGCUGGUGGAGGAGAUCGCGACGGCGUGGAGCAACGACCGCCGCCGACGCCGCGAUGGUCGCUGGAUGGUCGACACGCCGCGCGGCAUCCCCAUGUGUCCCCGCCCGGACCCGCCCUGCCCCGACUGCAGGGGGAGUGGGCGAGUGGAGUGCACCCGCUGCUGCGGCCGAGAGGUUGGUGGGGAUGAUGUGAUGGGGUGGGGUGGGUGGAUGCAGUGGUGGGCGCGGCUGGGUAGUGGGGGACGGGGGGACGAGGGGGGCACCCAUCCCAUGGUGGAGGGGCGAGGGAGGCACCCAUCCCAUGGUGGAGGGGCGAGGGAGGCACCCAUCCCAUGGUGGAGGGGCGAGGGAGGCACCCAUCCCAUGGUGGAGGGGCGUGCGUGCUGCGGGGGUGGGGGUGGAAGUGGGGGAGGGUGGGAGGCCGCACCAACCACGUUGACCUCGUCAUGCUCCCCACCGGCUCCUGGCCGCGCUGGUGCUGGUUCUGCAGGGGCAGUGGGCGGUGCUACUGCGCGCGCUGCCUGGGCACGGGGGAGAAGCGCGGCCUCAUCGGCUUCCACUGACCACCCGCCUCCUUCAUCGCCACCCACUCAUCGCCGCCUCCCUUGUGUGCUUGGCGUCUUUCAUCUCAUGCGGUCACAGUGCCUGUGUCCUCCACUUGGGCGUACAUUCCGCGUUCGGAUCAAUCACGCGUCGGUUGCCAUGCGCAUGUCAUCGCCGCCCGUCAUGCCGCCGGAUCCCUUGGCGGCGAGCCGUUCUCCUGGCGAGGCGAGAGAGAAUCCCAAACCCGCCCGCGCCUCGCACGCUCGUCGCGCUGCCGUCCCGCUGCUGCGCGCCGUCCGUUCUCUGCUUGCGUCACUUGACCAACAGCGAUGCGCAGACGUGGCAGCGAGCGACUGUUUGGAAGAUGCAGUGAGCCUGCUGUGCGACCGCCUGGAAGUCCUCCGCGCCGCCCACUCGCGGCUGGACGGCACGCGGCGCGGGGAAGGGCAGAGCGGGGAAGGGCAGAGCGGGGAAGGGCAGAGUGGGGGAGGUAAGAAGGCGGAAGGGAAAAGCAGGAGAGGCAGGAAGAAGGCUCGGCGCGGCGAGAAGGGGAAGGAGAGGAAGGGAGAAGUGGAUGUUGGGCGCAGGGGGGAAGACGCGCGGACGUCUGGCGGCACGGCGGGUGAGAUCAGGGCGACGGUCGCGCGAUGUACACUGGCCGAGGGGGAGGGGGGGCUGGCGGAAGGGGAAAAGGGCGAUGGCGGACUAGCGGGUGGGGGGAAGGGGAGAGGGAUGGGGGAGAGAGAAGCGCGCGUGAUGGCGAGGGCGGUGGCGGUGGCUGGCAGCGGCGACUGGGGCGCGCUGCUGGCGUGCGGGCAGUGCUGGGGGGGCGGCGGAGAGGGCGGAGAGGGCGGAGAGGGCGGAGAGGGCGGGGAGGGCGGGGAGGGCGGAGAGGGCGGAGAGGGCGGAGAGGGCGGAGAGGGCGGGGAGGGCGAGUGGGAGCACGUGUGUCGGCGCUUCCCUGCUGCCCUCGAUGCCAUCGAGUCUGCUGCUGCCUCGCUCCUCCUCCUCCUCUGCCACUCCCUGCGCCACUCCCCUACCCCUCCACACCCACCGCCAUCUCAACGCCCCUCCUUUUGUUCCGCCUCUCACCCCCCCUCCCGCAGCCCUCUACUCCCCUCGCCCAUCGUGCUGCCCCUACGCGCGCCCUUCCACCGCCUGCUCCCCCUGCUGCUGCGCUCCCCCUGCCCCUCCGCGCGCCUACAGGCUGCGCGCGCCCUCGCUCUGCUGCUCGCCGCUAUCGCCCGCGGCGUCACUCGCGGCCGCGGCUGCUUCCAGUGGGGGCGCGCGCUGGGGGGGACGCAGAGGGGCGCGCAGGAGGGCAUGGGCGCAAGCAAGAGGGGUGGGGGGUUGCGAACAGAGGCGAGGACGAGGGGAGAGGAGGUGGGAGGGUGGAUGAGGACGGAGGGGGUGGAAGGGCAGGGUGGCGGAAGGGAGAGGGCAGCAGGAGGAGCAGGGCGAGGGCAGGAGGAGAGGGAGGAUGGCGCAAGAGGUGGCAGGGCGCUCUUGUGUUCUGCAGUGGGCGCGUGCUCUGGUGCAGGGGAAGCAAGGGGGGAAGCAAUGGGGGAAGCAAUGGGGGAAGCAAUGGGGGAAGCAAUGGGGGAAGCAAGGGGGGAAGCAAUGGGGGAAGCAAUGGGGGAAGCAAUGGGGGAAGCAAUGGGGGAAGCAAUGGGGGAAGCAAUGGGGGAAGCAAUGGGGGAAGCAAUGGGGGAAGCAAUGGGGGAAGCACGGGGGGAAGCAAUGGGGGAAGCAAGGGGGGAAGCAAGGGGGGAAGCAAUGGGGGAAGCAAGGGGGGAAGCAAUGGGGGAAGCAAGGGGGGAAGCAAUGGGGGAAGCAAUGGGGGAAGCAAGGGGGGAAGCAAUGGGGGAAGCAAGGGGGGAAGCAAGGGGGGAAGCAAUGGGGGAAGCAAGGGGGGAAGCAAUGAGGGAAGCAAGGGGGGAAGCAAUGGGGGAAGCAAUGGGGGAAGCAAUGGGGGAAGCAAUGGGGGAAGCAAUGGGGGAAGCAAUGGGGGAAGCAAUGGGGGAAGCAAUGGGGGAAGCACGGGGGGAAGCAAUGGGGGAAGCAAGGGGGGAAGCAAGGGGGGAAGCAAUGGGGGAAGCAAGGGGGGAAGCAAUGGGGGAAGCAAGGGGGGAAGCAAGGGGGGAAGCAAUGGGGGAAGCAAGGGGGGAAGCAAUGGGGGAAGCAAGGGGGGAAGCAAGGGGGGAAGCAAGGGGGGAAGCAAUGGGGGAAGCAAGGGGGGAAGCAAUGGGGGAAGCAAUGGGGGAAGCAAGGGGGGAAGCAAUGGGGGAAGCAAGGGGGGAAGCAAUGAGGGAAGCAAGGGGGGAAGCAAUGGGGGAAGCAAUGGGGGAAGCAAUGGGGGAAGCAAUGGGGGAAGCAAUGGGGGAAGCAAUGGGGGAAGCAAUGGGGGAAGCAAUGGGGAAGCACGGGGGGAAGCAAUGGGGGAAGCAAGGGGGGAAGCAAGGGGGGAAGCAAUGGGGGAAGCAAGGGGGGAAGCAAUGGGGGAAGCAAGGGGGGAAGCAAGGGGGGAAGCAAUGGGGGAAGCAAGGGGGGAAGCAAUGGGGGAAGCAAGGGGGGAAGCAAUGGGGGAAGCAAGGGGGGAUGCAAGGGGGGAAGCAAUGGGGGAAGCAAGGGGGGAAGCAAGGGUGGAAGCAAUGGGGGAAGCAAGGGGGGAAGCAAUGGGGGAAGCAAUGGGGGAAGCAAUGGGGGAAGCAAUGGGGGAAGCAAUGGGGGAAGCAAUGGGGGAAGCAAGGGGGGAAGCAAGGGGGGAAGCAAUGGGGGAAGCAAGGGGGGAAGCAAGGGGGGAAGCAAUGGGGGAAGCAAGGGGGGAAGCAAGGGGGGAAGCAAGGGGGGAAGCAAUGGGGGAAGCAAGGGGGGAAGCAGUCGGGGGAGAAAGGCAGGAAGCAACAGUUGGGGGAGGCGGAGCAACAGUUGGGGUAG